GGGCUCGCGGAGGCGGCGGCGGCUGCUACGGCUGGAGGAGCCGGGCCGGGCCCGCGGCGGAGGCCGUGGCUGGAACUGGAAAGGUGGCGGGGACCGACGCGGGUGUAAGAUGGCGACGUCGGGGGCGAACGGGCCGGGCUCCGCCACAGCAUCAGCGUCCAAUCCACGCAAGUUUAGUGAGAAGAUCGCGCUGCAAAAGCAGCGUCAGGCCGAGGAGACGGCGGCCUUCGAGGAGGUGAUGAUGGACAUCGGCUCCACACGGUUACAGGCCCAGAAACUGCGACUGGCUUAUACAAGGAGCUCCCAUUAUGGUGGUUCUCUGCCCAAUGUUAACCAGAUUGGCUGUGGCCUGGCUGAGUUCCAGAGUCCCCUCCAUUCACCUUUGGAUUCAUCUCGGAGCACUAGGCACCACGGGUUGGUGGAACGGGUACAACGAGAUCCCCGCAGGAUGGUGUCCCCUCUUCGCCGAUACCCGCGCCACAUUGACAGUUCUCCCUAUAGCCCCGCCUACUUAUCUCCUCCCCCAGAGUCUGGCUGGCGAAGGAUGAUGCCCUGGGGCAACCUCCCAGCUGAGAAGGGGCAGUUGUUCCGACUGCCGACUGCACUUAACAGGACAAGCUCUGACUCUGCUCUUCACACAAGUGUAAUGAACCCCAACCCCCAAGACACUUAUCCAGGCCCCACACCUCCCAGUGUCCUGCCCAGCCGCCGAGGAGGUUUUCUGGAUGGUGAAAUGGAUGCUAAAGUCUCUCUCUUUCAAGUCCCUGCUAUUGAGGAGAACUUGGUAGAUGACAAGCAUUUGCUGAAACCUUGGGAUGCUAAGAAGCUGUCCUCAUCCUCCUCUCGACCUCGAUCCUGUGAAGUCCCUGGAAUCAACAUCUUUCCAUCUCCUGAUCAGCCUGCCAGUGUGCCUGUCCUCCCACCUGCCAUGAACACGGGAGGUUCCCUACCUGACCUCACCAACCUGCACUUCCCCCCUCCGUUGCCCACUCCCCUGGACCCUGAGGAGACAGUCUACCCCAACCUGAGUGGGGGCAACAGUACCUCCAAUUUGACCCACACUAUGACCCAUUUGGGCAUCAGUGGAGGUCUGGGCUUGGGCCCCAGUUAUGAUGUACCAGGACUUCACUCACCUCUUAGCCACCCAUCCCUGCAGUCCUCCCUAAGUAAUCCCAACCUCCAGGCUUCCCUAAGCAGUCCUCAACCCCAGCUCCAGGGGUCCCAUAGUCACCCAUCACUGCCUGCCUCCUCCUUGGCCCACCAUGCACUGCCCACCACUUCCCUGGGCCACCCGUCACUUAGUGCCCCAGCCCUUUCCUCCUCCUCUUCCUCUUCGUCCACUUCAUCUCCUGUCCUGAGCGCCCCCCCUUACCCAGCUUCUACUCCUGGGGCCUCUCCCCGCCACCGCCGUGUGCCCCUCAGCCCCCUGAGCUUGCCCGUGGGCCCAGCCGACGCCAGAAGGUCCCAACAGCAGCUGCCCAAACAGUUUUCGCCAACAAUGUCACCCACCUUGUCUUCCAUCACUCAGGGCGUCCCCUUGGAUACCAGUAAACUGCCUACUGAUCAGCGAUUGCCCCCAUACCCAUAUAGCCCCCCAAGUCUGGUUAUACCUACUCAUCCAUCCACCCCAAAAUCUCUACAGCAGUUGCCCUCUCAGGCCUGCUUAGUGCAGUCUUCAGGGGGACAGCCCCCAGGCAGGCCGCCACAUUAUGGGGCACUGUACCCACCUGGGCCCAGCGGGCAUGGGCAACAGCCUUACCACCGGCCAAUAAAUGACUUCAGCUUGGGGAGUCUGGAGCAGUUCAACGUGGAGAACCCAUCAACCAGCCUGGUGCUGGAUCCCCCUGCCUUUCCCGAAGGGCCUGGAUUUUUAGGGAGUGAGGGAUCAGUGAGUGGUCCCCAGGAUCCUCAUGUCCUCAACCAGCAGAACUUGACCCACUGCUCCCGCCAUGGCUCAGGACCCAAUAUCAUACUCCCAGGAGACUCCUCCCCAGGUUUCUCUAAGGAGAUCGCAGCAGCCUUGGCUGGAGUACCUGGCUUUGAGGUGUCAGCAUCUGGGUUGGAGCUGGGGUUGGGGUUGGAAGAUGAGCUGCGCAUGGAGCCAUUGGGCCUGGAAGGACUGACCAUGCUGAGUGACCCCUGUGCCCUGCUGCCUGACCCUGCUGUGGAAGAUUCAUUCCGUAGUGACCGGCUACAGUGAGGGGACUUUACUGCCAUCCUUCUUCAUGGCCCUGUCCCCAUCACUGUCCUUUUCAUCCCUUCCCCCUGGCCAGUAGAGACUACUCUCUGUCCCCAGAUCCUUUUUCUAAUAUGAAUGAAGGAUCCUAAAAAUGAGGAAAGGGAAGAGGCCUGAGCAGGUGGCUCCUGUACUGUACAGAGUCCUGUACAUCGGUGGGCCUGGGGCUCAAGGGAGGCUGCAGCACUUGGAACUUUGAAAACCGUCUGUCUGGAGGGCAGAGCCUGUUGGAAAGCAAGGCAUAGAGGGGACUCUUGGAGGUAGGGCUUGUCCAGAUGAGGGUGAGCGUUACCAGCCCUUCCCCAUCUCUCUUCCCCCUGCAAUGGAGGAGAGAGCCAGAGUGGAUAUUAUUUUUUAUUAAGUAUAUUAUAUGUUAAUAAAAAAUCCUAACAAAC